UGCAAAUUUCCCUUGGCUUUAUCGUCCACUCUCGGCCAGGCUCUGUCGUCUUCGUUUUCUGGAAUUCCGAGGGAGGCAGUCGCUCAGAAAUGGCUUUCGAGAGAAUAAAGGUUGCCAACCCCAUCGUUGAAAUGGACGGAGAUGAGAUGACUCGAGUUUUCUGGAAAUCAAUCAAGGAUAAGCUUAUAUUCCCCUUUCUGGAGUUAGAUAUAAAGUACUUUGACCUUGGUCUCCCCAAUCGUGAUGCUACCAAUGAUAAAGUUACGGUUGAAAGUGCUGAAGCUACUCUCAAGUACAACGUAGCAAUUAAGUGUGCAACUAUAACUCCAGAUGAAGGUCGUGUCAAGGAGUUCAACUUGAAACACAUGUGGAAGAGUCCAAAUGGGACAAUUAGAAACAUUCUAAAUGGCACGGUGUUUAGAGAGCCAAUUAUCUGCUGGAAUGUCCCUCGGCUUGUCCCAGGCUGGACGAAGCCAAUAUGCAUUGGGAGGCAUGCUUUUGGUGAUCAGUAUCGAGCAACAGAUAUCGUUAUUAAAGGACCUGGAAAACUGAAAAUGGUGUUUGUACCAGAUGGACAAGAAGAGAAAACAGAGUUGGAGGUUUUUAACUUUGCUGGCAAUGGAGGAAUAGCUCUCUCAAUGUACAACACCAAUGAGUCAAUUCAUGCUUUUGCUGAGGCUUCAAUGAACACUGCUUAUCUGAAACGGUGGCCACUUUAUCUUAGCACAAAAAAUACCAUUCUUAAGAAUUAUGAUGGAAGAUUCAAGGACAUUUUUCAAGAAGUUUAUGAUAAUACAUGGAGAUCCAAGUUUGAGGCUGCAGGGAUAUGGUAUGAACAUCGUCUUAUUGAUGAUAUGGUUGCUUAUGCUCUUAAGAGCGAAGGAGGUUACGUGUGGGCAUGCAAGAACUAUGAUGGAGAUGUUCAAAGUGAUUUUCUAGCCCAAGGUUUUGGUUCUCUUGGUUUAAUGACAUCGGUGCUGGUAUGCCCAGAUGGAAAGACCAUUGAAGCCGAGGCAGCCCAUGGCACCGUCACUCGCCAUUACCGCGUUCAUCAAAAAGGAGGAGAAACGAGCACCAACAGCAUAGCAUCGAUUUUUGCCUGGUCUCGAGGCCUUGCACACAGGGCACGCUUAGACGACAACCAGAGACUGCUGGAUUUUACUCGAAAACUGGAAGCAGCCUGCAUUGCAAGCGUUGAAUCCGGAAAGAUGACGAAGGAUCUUGCACUUCUUGUCCAUGGACCCAAGGUUACCAGGGCUCAUUACUUGAACACUGAAGAGUUCAUAGAUGCUGUGGCUGAGGAGCUGAAAGCUAGGUUAUCUCAGCAAGCCAAGCUGUAAACUACUCCCAUUUGCAGUGGAUUCAAGUAGGGCAGAAAGAAUAAAUUUGUUCAAUACAUUUACAAGUGCAUUUAUCUUUGGCUAAGUGUUAUUGUAGUUUGGGGAUGAAACCCGUCAUAUUUAAGUGUCCAUGAAUAUACUUUGUAUUAGAAGUGGAACAUUAAUAAAUCCAUUUGAAUAUAA